AUGUCAUCAGCUUCACCUACCAUUUCUAAUUCUCCCGUACCACUUCUGGAACGUAAUUCAUAUUACUUUUCUCAAUUCCCAUUAUAUUGUUCAGAUUGGACUAUAUCAAAUGAUUUGGAAUGUAUUGCAUUAAGUACUUAUAAAGAAGGCUUCACUAAUAAAUUACAAGUGAUUCAUGGUUUAACUUAUGAAAAUGAUUAUCGAUACUAUUUUCAUAAAGUGGCUGAAACUUCAGUUGAUUAUCCUAUAACUCACUUACAAUGGGAUCCAUUAUUAGGUAAAUCAAAUGAUCAAAGAUUAGCUGCUUCAUCAGAAGUGCUACGAUUAUAUGAAGUUGAUCAGGAUUCAAUUAAUCAAAAUCAAGAAUAUUCCUUAGUUCAAACUCAUUUAUUAGCUAAUAAUACUGCUAAUAACUCUACUACAUCAACUAAUGGAAAUGGAAGUCAUAAAGAUGAUUUAAAUACGUAUCCUCCUGUGACAUCAUUUGAUUGGAAUAAAACUGAUCCAAAUAUAGUUAUAACUUCUUCAGUUGAUACUACCUGUACGGUAUGGGAUUUACAUCGAUCAAUUAAAUUAGAAGAUGGUAUAACUACUUCAUCAACUAAUACAGCUACGGUCAAAACUCAAUUAAUUGCUCAUGAUUCUGAAGUUUUCGAUGUUAAAUUCAUUCAUAAUUCAACUAAUAUAUUCGCAUCUGUUGGAAAUGAUGGAUCAAUGAGAGUAUUUGAUUUAAGAUCAUUGGAACAUUCAACCAUUAUCUAUGAACCAAGUUUAUCACCUCCUCAUUCUGCAUCUUCAAAUAAUUCAUCAUUAAAUAGUGCAUCUAUGAGUAUGGCAACCUUGAAUUCAAAAGCAUUAUUGAAAUUAUCCACUUCAAAUAUUGAUCAACAUCAUUUAGCUACCAUUGGAAUCAAUUCAAAUCAAAUUAUAAUCAUCGAUAUGAGAAUGCCAGGUUUACCCAUUGCAACCUUGGAUGGAUCAUUAGGUGGUGUAAAUCAUGCCCCAAUAAAUCUGAUUAAAUGGCAUCCAACUUCUAAUCUUUUGUUAACUGGUGGUGAUGAUUGUCAGGCUUUGAUUUGGGAUUCUUCAAGUACUGAUAUGGGUAUUGUAAUUGAUACUCCAACAUUUGCAUAUGAAGAAGAUUUAGAAGUUAAUAAUGUUUGUUGGAGAGGUGCUAAGGGAGAUUGGUUAGGUGUUGUAAGUGGUAAAGGAUUUCAAGGUGUUCAGCUCUAA